CAUAACAAUACCACUGACGGGCUUUAAUUUGAUGGUGUAUUACAAGUUUCUGAGAGACUUUAUAUGGACAUGUAGCCAACUACUCACUAAUAUAGCCUUCAGAUUCACCGACAGGCCGUCAUGUUGCUGCCGUCCGACGUCGCUCGUCUUGUUUUGGGGUACCUCCAAGAAGAGGGACUGUCUGACACAAGCCAAGCAUUCAUUCACGAGAGCCCAAACCUGAAAGAGUAUGCUGAGCACACCACAGGAGAUGGGACUAUUCCUGCUUGUGUUUUUUCUAUCUUUGGGAAGGGACUAACAACCAUCUUAAAUGAGUAUGUGGCUGCAAAAACAAAAGAGUCUAGUCACGAAGUACCCGCCAUGAUGACCUCGCUGUGGAAAAAACUGGAUUUUACACUCAACCAAAUCAAGUCAUUGCAGAAUUCGCCAGCAAUAUCAGCAUGUCAAAGUACACGUUCACGCGUUGGAUUGGCAAACAUGGCUAGACAGCGGGUCUUGUCUCUGGCUUCAGCUGGCAGUGUCGUCUGCUCCUCAAUUUCCGACACAAGUUCCAUCGUCAGCCCGGCACACACCUCACACAGCAUGCUCGGCCAUUCCACUCCUGUGAGCUUCUCUGGUCCGCACACCAGAAUGCUUCUUGGCAGUGGCACACAACCACAGAUUCUCGAUGGCAGCCGAAAUACACCCAGGGAUUCACCUUUACAGAUAAUAGUAUCAGAACAUCGGAUAAAUCCAGGCCCGAUGUCUCCUGGACGACGGAAAUGGAAGAGGAUUGGUGCUCCAAGUGGAUCUAGCGGCCCUGGGAGGUCCUCCACGACCGUCAGUAACCUCGGUGCAGAACCGCAGCCUGAAGAGGUCGUUGAUGAGCACUUCCCUCAACUUGUUAUACAAAAUGCACGUGACAAGAUUUUGGGUGACAGAUCAUUACAAGAGAAGCUUGCUGAAAACAUCAACAAAAUCCUUGCCAAUGAGCCAACCCCGCAAACAUCAAAGGCCCCGUCGAGUACAGUGGAAGCAGACCAGUCAAUAGAUGAAAUCCUAGGUUUACAGGGGGAAAUACAUAUGAGUGACGAUGCCAUUCAUGACAUUUUGGAGCAAACGGAGUCUGACCCAGCUUUUCAGGCCCUCUUUGACCUCUUUGAUUACAAUAAAACCAAAUUCCCAGACGGGGAACCAGGAGAUGGCGAUAUUAGCAGUAACCCAGAGGGGAGUGAAGCUGCUGGACCUUCAUCUACAGUCGGGGACCUUCAGAUUGAUGAUCCAGGUACUACACACAGAGAUGCUAUCGCUGCAGAUACAACACCAAUCACAGUGAAGACGAGAGCUGUACAAGAGCGGAAGACCAGAAAGUCAACUGCGCCCACCCUGUUAAAAAAAACGGUUCUUGGCCCCGGUGGCAGAUCAUCCAGAAUUGAGAAAAGUUCAGCUAAAUUGUUAGUGAGUCAUGCAGAACACCGAGGUGUCUUAACUACUGCAGUGGGCUCGAACAGAAAAGAAAAAAGCUCACUCUUCAAUAGCGGUGUUGGUGUAACACCAAUGGAUAUUGAUGAACCGUUGCAUACGCCUCCCCCUCCAUCAGACAGCCUCACCAUUCAGAUGGCACUGGAGCCUGCCAUCUCAAUAGCACUCAGUGAAUCAACUAUAGUUCCCUCAUCAAGAGCCACUGCUGUACCAGAAGUAGCAUCAACAUCUAACUGGAACAAAAAACAGGAGAGUAAAAAAGCACAAGGAUCUAAAGAGCGACCUGCUGCGGCCCUGUCUUCAGCUCUGAGUAAUCAGCCUGCAUUUGUGUCUUUUGUACAAGUUGAGCCAAACAACACUCCAACAGCAACUGUUGACCUGCCUCAUGUGUCAGUUUCAGGCAGCGGAGUAGGAACUCAACCAGUGUCUAUUCUGUCUUUAACACCGGAAUUUGCCUCUUCAACAUUUACAGGUGCUAUAGUUACAGCUGCACCUAACUUGUCCUCAUCAGCUUUCAUUGCUGCACCUUUUGCAGCAACAGCUGGUACAUCCACAUCUGCUACUACCUCUACAACUCUUAAAGCUACUCCUGCCUCAUCCACAGCUGCAUCUUCCACUUGUGCCCCAGUCACAGCAGCAUCUGAUCCUGUGGCCACCAACCACAGUGUCCCAGGCAAGGCUGCAGGUGAUUCCAAUAAUAUAGUUUCUUUGAAGAUCAUCAUCAGCGAUAACCAGGAUGAAGUUUCUGCCACUGACACAGCCUUGAAUCAGGCUGUUUCUAGUAUUUCUGGAGACAAGAUACCCACCAUUUACCUUUCAUCUCCAGCUAAAUCCCCCAGAUGCCCUGGCACACCAAAAGCCAACAUGGACGAGACUGCACUGGCAGUUAGUGGUUUACAAAGCUCUCAGGCGCAGGCUAGUCCUCUCAGCAGUAAGGCUGGGGCAGUAGUUGCACCUCCAUUGACAAUGACUUCACAAGCCCAGCAAAGCUACAUCAUUCAGCUACCCCUGGACGCCACUAACCCUACCCUGCAAGGAGCAACUGCUAGCUAUUUCCUUGUGACUGAACCCUCGACUACAGACGCUCAGGCCAGACAGGUGCUCGUGCCUGCUGGUGUCUCAAGGGGACAGCCUUUGCCCACAAGCAACCAGUAUGCUGUGACCACACCAACUCGCUCUCAAGUCUUCUCCACUGGGUCACCACUCAUCUUACCAUCACCCAUUAAGCCAUUGAUGCUCCCUGUGUCUGUUAUGGGGCAGGACACUCUGCCGAAGGUCCAGAUGGUGUCCAAUCAGCUUGUUGCAAUACCAAAACCAGUGGCGGUACAGCAGCCUGAAACUGUCAAGCCCAAACCUCAAACUGUGGCAGCCAAACAGUCUACAAUUAGUGUUACAGGUGCUGAGCAGAAUUUGUUUGGAAAGGUGAUUCAACCCUUGUCAGCUGAAAACACAGACCAGCAGUCUUUGCCAAAGGGUGCCAGUCCUGGUCAUAGGAGAAUUUUAUGUUUUGAGUCUUCUGCAGAAGUGCAACUUGAAACUGCUAAAACACCAAGAAAUGCCACACCCCCAGCUGCAAAUACAUCCACAUCACGAUCUGUCCCACAGACUGAGAAAGAUACCUCAGAGACGGGCCCUCGAACAAAGCCUAAUAUCCUCGGUGGCAACAAGCCCAAAAGGAGGGUCCAGACUGUUAGAUGCACAGCAGAUUCCCAGACUGCAGUGGGGUUGGUAAAAGACACAGAGAAGUCCAUGCCUCCACAACAGCAACACAAAGAUCUUAUGAAAAAUAACUCUAGCAAACAAGAUCAUAACAUCCAUAACCAAGAAUCUGUUAGUGCAACUACCAGUAGGGUUGAUGCCUCACAGCCUGAGUCUUUGAAAAAGUCAGACUCAGGAAAGAGAUCAAAAUCUAUUGACAGGAAACACAAUCAUGAUAAGGGUAGUGAUGAAGCAAAAAGUAAGGACUCUCAUAGCUCUCGGUCAUUGCCCUUUGAUUCUGCACUGAAAUCAGGAAGUAAAAAAGACAAAGACGAGAGCAGCAGGAAAGAACCUGCAGACAAAGGUCCUGCCAAAUCACGUGAGGGGCGUACGGAGAAGAGGACUCCCUCUCAGGAGAUGCCAAAUGUGACAGCUAACAAGGAAAAUGAAAUGAAGGGUAGCUCGCAAGAGCAACAACAGUCUACACCUUCCUCCUCAGCACAAAGAGACUGCAGCCCUCCAGCUGUCAGCCAGACUUCAUCUAACCCCCAGUCCAAGACUGCAAAAGCUCCUUCAAAGACCAGCUCUCUGGCCAAACAGGCAGCCGAGAUGCUGCAGGACAUCCAAGGGCUUAACUCUCCUUCUACCCCAGGUAAGAGACCAGGAGUCAGCAGUCCAGACCUCAUUCUGCCUCAGACCCCGGGGACUGGCUGUAACCAGGAGGAGUCCAUUGACUGUCUCAGGACUCCUUCCAGGCAGAAGAAGGGUAAAGAUGGAGAGGGAACACCGAAGCAUAUCAUGCUCCCCAACACCCCGGAUGGGCCCACCUGCAGCCCUGCCAGUGAGGCUGGCAGUGAAAACUGUAUUAAUAUGGCUGCUCACACACUAAUGAUCCUCUCACGUGCUGCCAUUGCCAGAACAGGCACUCCACUAAAGGACAGUUUGCGUCAGGAUGGAGUAGGUGAAAAGUCUCCCACAAGCUCCAAGAACGCUAAGAAGCGUAAGCAGUCUUCUCCCACAGCCAGCCCUCCUACAAAGGAGUCAAAACACUCUCCUGGCAAAAAGAAAGACCGGGAAAGGAAGAAACUCAUGGAUUGUUUUCCCCAUGACUUGGAUGUGGACAAGUUCCUCUCGUCACUUCACUACGAUGAGUAAAACCAGACAACAGGAAAGGACUACCAUAUCACUACCUGCUUAAGUUACUAUCCAGGAAUAGAACAAGCCAUCUGCUGAACCAGUGCCUAUGAUUCCUAUCAGUAACCUAUCCUGAGACCUUAUAAAGCUCUAAUAUCUCCUUCAGCCAAUGAUGGACAUGAUAUGGAUAAAAUCCUGUUGGAUGCAGCAGCAGUAGGAUAACCAUGGCAAUUUCUUAUAUUUUUGUCCUUGUGCUCUUUUCUGUUUUAAUCAUUGUUUUGUACUACAACAGAUUUAGUACAGAUUUGUAUUUGAGCACUUUGACAUAACGCGUGCAUGUUAAUAAAAAUGGGUGACUCAGAGCAUUUCCUUGGUCAAUAUUUGACUCCACUUUGAUGAAUCCAGCUAACUGUAAUUUUAAUAACUGAAUUAAGAGCUGUCAAUAUUAUAUUUUAGGCAGAAAUGUGAAUAGUUGGUUUUUUGUUGUUUUUGUAGAAUCAAACAUGCCCAGCGUGAAAAUGGCUGCAACUGUUCAAAUGUGCAUACACGGGCUUCAUUCAAUGUUGUA